AUGACCGGUCCUCCAUCACCGUUGAUACAGAUUACCUACGAGAAGCGGGUUUUUGCACGUGGCGAUGAUAGGUGGAGACACAAGACGCACACAUUUCAUCUUCCAUGUGGAGAGUGCACUAUCACUUUGGAAGACGUGCAUUUGCAAUUAGGAUUGCCGGUGGACGGGGACGCAAUCACUGGGUCCGUUCAUUCUACUGAUUGGGGAGCGAUAUGCUACGAGCUUUUGGGUGUUAUUCCGGACAAUAUUAACGGAGGUCGGAUUGAGAUGGGUUGGUUACGGGACACAUUUUCGAAGCCGGAUGAUGAUUCUACCGAACUAGAAAAAAUUCGAUAUGCUCGAGCAUACAUUCUUCAAAUAAUUGGAGAUUAUCUGAUGUCGGACUUGUCACGAAACCUUGUACAUCUGAUAUGGCUGCUGAAACUCGUUGAUUUUAGAGCAGCUGGUGAAUUUAGUUGGGAGUCUGCCGUGUUGGCAACACUGUACCGGGAGAUGUGCGGGGUUACGCGACCGAAUAAAGCGAAAAUCAGAGGUUACCUGUCACUACUGCAAUGA